AGGCCGCGGUGUCGUUUGGGUAACAACACAAAUGUAGCUUUGAGCUGUUUAGGUUUUCGGCUAAUAACCACGGUUUAUUAACAGUAGAAUGAAUCAGGAUUUUUAUUUUAGUUUCAGAAGUAAAGGUUAACCUUGUUGUAAAUAUGUAUCGUCAAAGAGUUCCGAGAGGAUAACCCAUUGUUCUUAAAUAAGAUCUAUGUAAAUUGGCUGAGCUAGCGGCUACUUUAGCUUUGAGAGGAAAACAUCCAGCUGUUACUUUGAAGCUCACAUUUCGUGAUAAAGUAGUCAAGAAAUCAUGUACUAUGUAAUGGCAAUCACAAAAGCCGCUGCCUGACGCGUUUGCUCGGACAGAUAUCCCGAGAAUCGGUUUAAUUGUGUGAAAGCUGAAGAACCCUUGGGACCUUACAAACAUGGAAGCAAAAACUGAGAAUGUUGACAACGACGACAUUGUGAUCAUUGUGGAGAAUGAAGCGGAGAGUUUGCCAGCAGAGGAGGAGAGGCUCAAGCAACAAGGGGCCUUUGGUCUAAUGGACACUUGUCCCAUCUGCAAACUGAGUUUCCACAACAGAGAGCCUAAACUCCUCCCGUGUCUUCACUCCUUCUGCAAAAGAUGUCUUCCAGCUCCGUACAGGAGCGCAGAGCCGAGGAGGGACCUGCAGACGCAUCCUGAUAAUGCCAAACCACUGGGUGCAAUCCUAUGUCCUGUAUGCAAGCAGGAGUGCUGGGAACUAGAUGUGUUGGAUAACUUCUUUGUCAAAGACUCUGCGGAAGCCCCAAGCAGCACAAUGGAAAAAAACAGCCAGGUGUGCAUGAGCUGUGAAGACAACACAGAAGCGACUGGUUACUGCAUUGAGUGUGUGGAGUUUCUGUGCGUUACAUGCAUUGAGGCUCAUCAAAGAGUCAAGUUUACAAGAGAUCACACAAUUCGCCAGAAGCAAGACAUGUCUCCAGAAUCAUUAGACAUCUCCACACAGCGACCUGUGUUCUGUGAUAUUCAUAAACAGGAACCUCUCAAACUCUUCUGUGAAACAUGUGACCGGCUCACGUGUCGAGACUGUCAGCUCCUCAGACACAAGGAUCACAACUACCAGUUUCUAGAAGAUGCAUACAGAAACCACAAGCAGUAUCUUGAACAUAUGACACAGCAGUUACAAGAGAAAAGAAAAACUAUUGAGGAAGUGUCCAACUACAUCACAAAUGGACUUCAACAGGUUGAAGAAAAUCGAAAGGGCGUCACGAAUGAAAUAAAAAAAUCUAUCUGUAACCUCAUAAUGGAGAUAAACCGAAAAGGCAAGAUACUCAUUAACCAGCUUGAGGCACUAACCAAGGAUCAUGAGCUGGGUUUGAAAAAGCAGCAGGAUGAUGUGAGCUCUUUAAGCAAACAUUUGGACCAUGUUAUCAGGUUUACUAAAUGGGCCACAGCCAGUCACAGCGGAACAGCUCUUCUUUACUGCAAAAGAUUGAUCUUGUAUCAGAUUCAUUACUUGAUGCGUUCCAACUGCAGCCCGUCGUUAAUCCCUCAGAGUUCAGUUCGAUUCCAGUGCCGCUCUGGAUUUUGGGCUACAAAUGUAGACCUUGGUACUCUGGUUGUGGAGAGGGGUACGGCUCGCCCCCCUCUGACAAACCCAACAGUCGGCCCCAGAAUCGAGGCGCCCCCAAGUGGACUUACAAUGUCAGCUCAGCAACGUCAGACUACACUAGCUCAGCUCCAGAUGCAGGUGGACAAAAUCUCCCAACAGCCCCCUAGGCAGCCUGCUCCAAACCAAUGGCCGUGGUAUCAAAAUAUGCGCCUCCCGGGACCCCUUGGCUCUCCAAACACGAGGCCUGUCCACGGAGGCUCUUCCCCGUCCCAGUCCGGAGCAGCUCCCACUUUAGUUCAGAUGGGACGGAGGUAUGGGAGCGCUCAGACCGCGACAAGGAGCCCCACGUCCACCAUGUUCAACAGCAACAGUUUUCCUCCUCCUCAGAGCGUUCCCCGGUACACACAGCCACUCCAGCCUGGAACAGUUACACAGGCUUCGCUACAGCAGCGAGGGCAACCAGACUUUCUGAGAAGGAGUGAGCCAGGUGCUUCCCUUCCUUCUGUAACCAUAUCAGUCCCCAAACCCAGCGUCUUAACAGCCCAGGCCUUGAAUACAACCACCCUCAACACAGUUCAGGCAAUGCAGAGUUCCUCACUGAUCAAGCCCUCUACAACAGACCGGCAAACAGGAACAGUAUCGUGGAAGCCUCCGUCUGAGACUUCUCCUGCUGCAAAACGUCGAAGGAGAUUAUCCCCUGGACCAAUCAUCGUCAUCAAGGACGAGCCAGAAGACGAGGAUGAAGUCAGCUUUGUUCAGUCCAGUGUAGGCUCCAGUCUUCCUGACAGCAGCACGCCAGCGAAGUCCAAACCUCGCCCUCCGCAGAAGACCUGUCCCUCGGUGAAGGUGACUAUCCCAGUGUCCAGCAAACCCUCUGAGAAGGCCACGCCCCAAACCGAGAAGGGGGCCGAGCCAGAGGACGACCCCAACGAGGACUGGUGCGCCGUCUGUCAGAACGGAGGGGAACUGCUCUGUUGCGACAAAUGCCCCAAAGUGUUUCACCUCAACUGCCACAUCCCAACGCUUAACGAGUCGCCAAGUGGUGAGUGGUACUGCUCUCUCUGCCGAAAUUUGGAGGCUCCUGAAAUGGAGUACGUCUCUGACCGGAAAGACGAUCCCGGGACUGAGAAAUUCCCCAUUGUUGACAGGAGGAAAUGUGAGCGGCUACUACUGCGAAUGUUCUGCAAUGACAUAAGCACGGACUUCCAGCAACCUGCCUCCCCAGCGGAAAGUAAAAAAUACAAGGAACUCAUCACAACACCGAUGGAUUUGUCGAUUGUGAAGAAGAGGCUGGAGGCCAAGUCCAGUGACAGCGAGUGUUACACCUGUCCUGAGGGUUUCGUGUCAGACGUGAGGCUCAUAUUCAUCAACUGUGCAAAAUACUACAAGGCUACGUCAGAGGUGGGCAGUGCUGGGCUCUACCUGGAGGAGUACUUUGAGGAACAGCUGAAGCUUGUGUAUCCAGACAAAGUGUUCCCAGGUGGGAGAGAGGAAGGCAUGAUCCCGCCUUUAGAGGACGAGAUAGAAGAGGAAGAAACAGAAAUUCCACAAAAAGAAGAGACAGACGCAGACAUCACAGACAAAAGCCCACCUAGCGUCAGUGAUGAAAAACUAGACAAUCCUACGGAAAACGAGGUACCUGAAGAGGCUGUGGCAACUGAGAAAGAAGAACAAGCAGCUGUAGAUGACAAGACAGAGGAGAAGUCAAGUUCACCAAUCGAAAAUGUGCUGGAAAAAGACAUUGCACUUUCAAAUGAGGAAUCCACGACGAAAGAGGCUGAACCAGAAACUGAAAUGAAAGACGCGGAAUGCUCUCCAGAGGUGAAAAACGAAGAAAUUGACAAAUCACUUGAAAUUGCACAACCAGAGGAAAAAGCAACACCACCUCCUUUAGAAAAUACUGUUAAAUCUGAAACAAUUGAGUCCAGUGACAUGGAUGCACCAAAAGAAGAACAAGAAGAAGAAAAAGAAGAAGAGGAGGAGAAGAAAAGUUAGUUAGAAUUUGUCAUUAAAAGGUGCACUGUGUAACUUUUCUAGUAGAGGUUAUGCCACCUGCUUGAGUCCAUGUACAUGUUAUUGUUUUUCUCUAUAGUAUGUUAAUUUAAUUUAACUAUCACCAUGGAGACGAGCAGCCCACGUCACCAGGCCAAGUUACAGGUCAGAUCUGUGUAGAAGUGGGACCUAUCGCAGAAAUAAUGUUUUUUUUUGUGGUAGUUUAUACAAUACAAGUACAAAUACAAGUUAUAUUUGUUUAAUGCCACUGCGGAACAUCCCAGGCAUAGCAAUAAUAUCACCAUGGAGACAAGCAGAUGGCGGAUGCUCCAGCACUGUGUAACUUUUCUGAUGAAUCUUCUGCCACCUGCUCAUCUCCAAUAUUUGCUGUUUUGCCAAAAGCAGGGGUUUUCAGAUUGGGUGGAUGUGAGCCUCCCAUUAGAGUAAAGAAACCUGAGCCCCCCCCCCCCCCCCCCCCCCUUUGCCCAAAUUCCCAUCCGCCUGCCCUCCCCCACACAGGACUUUGAAGUAAAUUCAUCUUUUGUGUUUCUGGCAAUUAUGAGUUUCAGUAACAGCUGAUAUACGUUUUAAUAUUGUAUUUUCACAUAUGUAUAUUUUUAAAGUGCUUUCAUAAACCAUUUUUGUAACAGCAAAUCAUUUUCAAUGUCAUGCAGGCCUUAUUGAGACGACUUUUAACAUCACUGAACAUCAGGAGGUCACAGGAAUAAACCAGGUUUAAACCAGGUCUAAACCAGGUCUAAACCAGGUCUAAACCAGGUCCAAACCAGGUCCAAACCAGUUUCAAACCAGGUUCAAACCAGGACUAAACCAGGACUAAACCAGGACUAAACCAGGAAAAAACCAGGUCCAAACCAGGUCCAAACCAGGUCCAAGCCAGGACUAAACCAGGACUAAACCAGGUCCAAACCACAUCCAAACCAAGUCCAAACCAGGACUAAACCAGGUCCAAACCAGGUCCAAGCCAGGACUAAACCAGGACUAAACCAGGUCCAAACCACAUCCAAACCAGGACUAAACUAGGUCCAAACCAUGGCUACACCAGGGCUAAACCAAGUCCAAACCAGGACUAAACCAGGUCCAAACCAGGACUAAAUCAGGACUAAACCAGGUCCAAACCAGGACUAAACCAGGACUAAACCAGGACUAAAUCAGGACUAAACCAGGUCCAAACCAGAUCCAAACCAGGACUAAUCCAGGUAUAAACCAGGACUAAACCGGGUCUAAACUAGAACUAAACCAGGACUAAUUUUGAACUUAAUAGAGAGAGAGAGAGAGAGAGAGACCCCCGAGCCCGUGGAGCACGGUGUCCGGCAAAAUGCGAUCGGGUAAUGGCUUCAGUUAGCCCCGUGGGAGCUCUGUGCCGGUCCUUUCUGCUGCGGUCACCCGACGUCUACACAGGCACACCUCCGGUCCCACCUCGACACUCAGUCCUGGUGCAAUUCUGGUUUAGUCCACGUUUUGUCCCCAUGUGUUGCUCUCCCCACUGGCUCUUUGGCGCCCUCUAGGGGAGGUGGGCCUCACCUAUUGAAAACCGCUGGCCUAGAAUAUUCCACAGUAAAGCAUUAACUUUCUAUCUUGCAUUCAUUGAAUUACAGAUGCUUUUAGUAAAUACCUCUAUAUAUCAGUGGUGUCUCUUCUCCACAGAUUUGAACUGUAACUUGGUCUUGAGUUCUGCUCAUUUCCAUGGAGAUAAGUCUAAUAUCACCAUUUGGAAGAUUAAUUUCAUUACAGGUGUUUUUAGUACGUACCUUACUGUAAGUGCUCUCCUCUCCACAGACUGUAACUGUAACUCAGUCUUCAGGUGUUAUCUUCUUGUCUCUGUGGAGAUAGAUAGGUUUAAUGUCACACUGUGAAACAUUCUUUUCAUUCAAUUGCAGAUGUUUUUAUUAAAUAUUUUUCUGUAAGUGCUCUCUUCUUCACAGAUCGAAACUCUUCGUUAGUGUUGAGGUGUUUUCUGCUCGUCUCCAUGGAGAUAGAUAGGUUUAAUGUCACACUGCGGAACAUUCCAGACAAAGCCAUAACAUGUCCGUGGAUUGGAAUGAAGCAGGUGGCAGAACCUUCACCAGAAAAGUUACACAGUGUAUCUUUAAAGUUUGUGACGUUUGAAUUAGUUGAGUCUUCCACUUAAAAUGCUGCAAUGGGACCUUUGAGUUUUUGUACAAUGUUUGAAAUAGGAACUGUUUUGUACAUAAUGAGUCGAAACCCUCUUUGUAUGAUAUAAUUUUAUGUAUGUAACUAGGACAUACUGUUUGGUGAAGUGUCGUGUUGCAUAAAAUAUUGUACAUUUUCGUAUUUGCGUCUCACUUGUACAUAGAGGCUUGACUGUUGCACUAAAGCUCCAGAUGAGAUAUAGGAUGACAAUUGCAUGCAGAUUUGUCUUUGCUAUGUUUUUAUUUUUUAUGUAAUUUUUAUUAUUAUUCAGCUUGUUUGAAAAUAUGAAUUAUACCCUGAUUUGUUUUUCCUUGUG